UGUUUACAUCGACUCCCUGUUGUUAAAGUCCUCUCGCCAGCCACGCAAAUCGGGGAAAAAUGACUCUCUCGGCCAGAAUACGUAACAAAAUUCUCGGGAAGAAGGAGACCAAACAAUUCAUGUGGAUAGGACAUCCUAUAGAAGCUUCAAGAAAGGAAAGAAACCAGAGAGACAGAACUUUUUACAGAGGGUUCCAGUUGGGUAAACUGACAGUAUAUGAAGGGGACUGUGUGCUUGUGCGUAAUGCGGAUUCAUUUGACCCAGAUUCACCUGAUGGCUGUGAUAUUGCAAAAAUUAUGAGAUGCUAUGACAGUGGGGAUAGACGUGACAACAGGAGGGUAAUAGUUAAGUGGUAUUCAAGAGUAACUGACAUCAACAAAUCCAAGUUGAGGACAAUACCAGAAGGAGUACCAGCUGUUGACACUUGCAUUGAGGUUGUAAGAGAAGAUCGUGCUUUUGAGACAGAUGUUGAUGCUGAGAGUAUAUUACAUAUGUGUCAUGUUGAAGAAGUUGCAACUGAGGUUGAUCCAUCAUCUGUGGCAAAGACUACAAAAUGUCCUGGACCUUUUUUCGUAUGUCGGUUCAGUUUUGGUGGAAAGAAUCCCCGCUUCCAUCCUCUCGAAGAUCCAGGAUCUUCACAGCCUGCAGUUAAUAGGCAUACAGCUCGUCGAUCAUUAGCAAAUGACUUAACCAACCUCAAAAGCAACACAUCAAAUGCAACAGCUACAGCAGAAGUUACACCCCAAAAGAGACGUGGGAAAGAGAAUGCACCAAGAACACCCAAGAGUGAGAGGAAGGCCACUGCCCGAGAUAUCUCCCCAGAAAUUGAGUUUCAGGGAGAAAGUGCAAAGUUUGAACUGCUAAGGAAUAAUAUAAGUAUAAAAUUGAAAAGAGUUGAACUGAGAGCAGGUCUUUUAGAAAACAAUAAUGUACCUAAGUCAAUGAAACGACAAGCUUCAGAUUCAGACUUCAGUGUUCAAAACAAAAGAUUACGACCAGAGUCAAAUUCCAGUGCUGCUCACUCUCCCAGGGAUGAGAGACUGUCUAGAGUUAUCAGCACUGAGAACAUGACUCGUGUUGAGAGGCAAACGGGAUCAGGCCGGAAGUUAAAGAUUGUCUGCUAUAGGAAGCUGAAUGAUGGUAAUAUUGAUAAGGAUGGCAAUAUCACCCCUAUGUCUCCAGAGUUUAAGGCAGCCCAGAAGAGCAAGAAGAGCCCCGAUAACAGUUCACCUGGUAAAGCUGAAAAUUGUUUGUCCCCAAUAUCCCUUAUGUCUCCCAAGGAAAAAAUUGAUAGCAUAAAGCAGGUCGGAAAAGUCCGUGCUCUGAAGGACACAGAAAUAACAGACUUACUCGGCAGUGAUAGUGAGGCAGAGAGUGAACCCAUAGACCUUGAUAGUGAAGAUGAUAUUCCAAAGUCCACCAGGUUGAAGCCAACAAUCAAGCAGGCAACCAAAGUCAGUCAAAAAGCUAAAAAAGUUAUAGAUUUUGACUCUGAAGAUCUACCUUUCCCUGAACUCAAGACACCAAAGAAAAAACCAGGAAGGCCCAAAUCCAAGAGUACAACGAAGAAGAGGUUCGAGUGCCGUGAAUGUGGUGAAAGAUUUGAGACACGCAGGGAUCUUAAGGAACAUGAUGAAGAUGAGCAUGAUGAUUUUGAGCCCAUUGUUAGGAAACGUGGCAGACCAAAGCAGACCAAGACACAAACUCCCUCUAAGACAUUAAAGCCCACACGCCGCCAGUCUGCAACACCUAGCAUGCCUUCACGCCAAGGACCUGUUAAGCAUCCUCAGACACCUCUUGAGAAGGCACGAGAGAACCUUCAUGUUUCAGCUGUUCCUGAAUCCCUUCCUUGCAGAGAGAAUGAGUUCCAAGAAAUUUACUCCUUUGUGGAAGGAAAAUUGUUUGAUGGCACUGGAGGCUGCAUGUACAUUAGUGGUGUACCAGGAACAGGCAAGACAGCCACAGUUAGGGAAGUGGUUCGGCUACUUCAGGAAUGUAGCCAAGGGGGUGACUUACCAGGUUUCACGUAUCUGGAGGUGAAUGCAAUGCGACUUACAGAACCUCAUCAGCUCUGGGUUCAGGUUUGGAAAGGUCUCACAGGCAACAAAGUAACAGCUGACCAUGCCUCUUCUCUCCUAGAAAAAAGGUUUUCAACUCCUGCCCCACGAAGAGAACCUACACUUCUUUUAGUAGAUGAGUUGGAUUUGUUAUGGACCCGGAAACAGGAUGUGAUGUACAACUUGUUUGAUUGGCCAUGCCGUCCAGGGAGCAAGCUUAUUGUUGUUGCAAUUGCAAAUACCAUGGAUCUGCCAGAACGUAUCAUGAUCAAUCGUGUAGCCUCGAGGCUUGGUCUUACCCGAAUGACAUUCCAGCCAUACACUCAUAAACAGCUACAGGAAAUUGUGUUAUCUCGGCUGUUAGGCAUAAAUGCUUUUGAUCCCGAUGCCGUCCAGCUUGUUGCUCGUAAAGUAGCUGCAGUGUCUGGGGAUGCAAGAAGAGCCUUAGAUAUUUGUCGAAGAGCUACAGAGAUUGCAGAGACGAAGACCAUGCCACCAAGUCCAAUGAAGUCUCCCAUGAAGUCUCCAGUGAAAAGAAAUGCACUUGUUGGCAUGUUACAUGUUGAUCAAGCACUGAAGGAGAUGUUUACCUCACCAAAGAUUACAGCAAUUAGGAGCUGCAGCUUGAUGGAGAAGAAUGUACUACGUGCUGUUGUAUCUGAAUUCUUACGAACUGGUCUAGAGGAAGCUGUUUUCAUACGUGUAUUGGAGCAGUUCAACUCUCUUUGCAGAUUUGAUGGAGUGGAACCAACAACAAUGUCAGAGGUAAUGUGUAUUGUUAAUAGGCUUACCUCCCAGCGACUGAUUCUUACUGAGCAUUCCCGCAACGACCUAAAUCUCCGGCUUCGUCUAAACAUAUCUACUGAUGAUGUGAAUUAUGCCUUACAGUCAUCAUAAUCAUUUUCAUGUACUUUUCAUUUCUUUCUUCUUCUUUUUUUUUUAAGUUAAAAUGUCUUGUACUUUGCAAGGAAGAGAUCUUUUAUAUUGUGGCAGCAUCUAUGCAGAAAACAGAGAUGAUCUCAUAUAAUGGAGUAUCACUGCUGUCUGCGUGGAUGCUGUCGGCACAAUAUUUUAUUUUUUGAACGUGAGAUGAGAAAAUUUCUUAUGGAAUCUUUUAAUUCCUCUACAUUUUUUACACUUCUUAUUACAUAUAUUUGUUUUAUUAUCAUGUGAUCAUUAUGUAUGUUUUAGUAAACCUCUUUUAAAUCUAUUAAAGAGAACUUUGUAAA